CUGGACACGGACCGGCCUCCAACGGACACAAAGGCGGAGCUUGGUGAAGAUGAUUUCCGUUUUAUCUUAUUUACAGCAAACCACAGCAAUUGACGGAGUCCAUCAGCCCAGUGGACGUUGAUGGACCAGCCCUAUGAAGACACAGGAUUACAAUGGGACAAAGUACCUCGGAACAAGAGGUCCAAGAGGCACCACCACCACCAGAGGCCCGCGAGGAUGGGUUUAAUGAUAUCAAAUCUUUGGUGGAGGAGGAGCUUCAAACGAGCAUGAUGGUGGGAAUGGUGAUUGGUGCCGGCAUUGUCAUAGUUCUCAUUGCCAUCCUCAUUUUCUUUGUCCUGCGGAGGAUACAACUUCGAAAUGAAGAGACUGAAGAAACACCGAAGUAUCGCUUCCGUAAAAGGGACAAAGUUAUGUUCUAUGGCCGGAAAAUUAUGCGCAAGAUGUCACAGUCUACCUCUUCUCUGGUUGGUACUUCCUCCUCUUCUCGUCCCCGUAUGAAAAAGAAGCAAAAGAUGAUUAACAUAGCCAAAAAGAUCCUGCGCUUUCAGAAAGAGGUACCCAUCCUUCAGGCUAAGGAACCCCCUCCCUCAGUGCUGGAGGCUGAUCUCACAGAGUUUGAUGUGGCCAACUCCCACCUCCCCUCAGAAGUGCUCUACAUGCUCAAAAACGUCCGGGUGCUGGGUCACUUUGAAAAGCCACUGUUCCUUGAGCUGUGUAAGCACAUGGUUUUUCUGCGCUUCCAACAAGGAGAGCAUGUGUUCAGACCAGGCCACCCUGACAGCAGCAUCUAUGUGGUGCAGGAGGGGAAACUCGAACUGUGCCUUACUGGACCGGAUGGCAAAGAGAGUGUGGUGAAGGAGGUGUAUGCUGGAGACAGUGUUCACAGUCUUCUCAGCAUCUUGGACGUGAUCACAGGCCACCAGAAGCCUUACAAGACAGUGUCGGCGCGAGCUGCAGAGGUCUCCACUGUACUGCGUUUACCUGUUGAAGCCUUCCUCUCUAUAUUUGAGAAGUACCCCGAGAGCCUUGUGCGAGUAGUGCAAAUUAUUAUGGUUCGUCUCCAAAGAGUCACUGUCCUGGCCCUGCAUAACUAUUUGGGGCUCACCAACGAGCUCUUCAGCCAUGAAAUGCAACCCAGUCGUUUGCCCCCUCCAUCUCCUCACCCGACUCGGACCAGCCCAAUACGUCACGGUAAACGCUUCAGCAGCUUGACUGUACCAGAGGAGCACAGGGAGGCUGCUGUCAAAGAGGCUGCAGCAGAGCAAGGGAAGGAUGGCUCAUCAGCCCCACUUCUCAGCAGAGCAAUUUCCAUGCCUGUGGAUAUUGCUGGUAUUCAGAAAGGUCUUAAGUCAGACUUUGACAUGGCUUAUGAGAGAGGCCGUAUCUCUAUUUCUGCAGAGGAUGGAAACACUCCUCCACAAACAUCAAAGUGUGUUGGACCUCUCGAUCAGCGUGAGCGUAAAGUCACAGUGGAUGAGGUUCCAUCAGGGAUUUACUUGUAUCCUGAGGAAGAGCCAGAAGUGGAUAAUAUUUUCACUCCAGUUUCUGCCAAAUCUGGCGCUGCUCUGUUUGAGGAAGCCCAGAAAGAGGUCCUGAAGCUCAUGAGGAUAGAGGACCCUACAUUGCUGAACGGGAGAGUAACUCUACAUCAUGCCAAAGCUGGUGCUGUUUUAGCCAGACAAGGUGACCAGGACGUGAGCCUGCACUUUGUCCUGUCCGGGUGCCUGCAUGUGUACCAGCGGAUGAUCAACAAACAGGAGGCAGUGUGCUUGUUUGUGACCCACCCAGGGGAGAUGGUGGGGCAGCUGGCUGUGCUCACAGGAGAGCCCCUAAUCUUUACCAUCAAAGCCAUCCGGGACUGUACCUAUCUUAAGAUCUCCAAGUCAGACUUUUAUGAAAUCAUGCGGGAGCAGCCCAGUGUUGUCCUGAGUGCGGCUCACACAGUGGCCAUACGCAUGUCUGCCUUUGUCAGACAGAUGGACUUCGCCAUCGACUGGAUGGCUGUGGAAGCUGGAAGAGCUCUUUAUAGACAAGAUGACAAGUCAGAUUGCACCUACAUAGUUUUAAAUGGACGUCUACGCUCAGUCAUUCGAAAGGCAAAUGGGAAGAAAGAGCUUGUUGGGGAGUAUGGUAGAGGAGAUCUCAUCGGUGUGGUGGAAGCUUUAACUAAACAGCCGAGGGCCACCACUGUCCACGCUGUUAGAGACACAGAGCUGGUCAAACUGCCUGAGGGAACGCUCAAUAACAUUAAAAGACGAUAUCCACAGGUAGUGACACGGUUGAUUCACUUGUUAGGCCAAAAGAUUUUAGGGAACCUUCAGCAGGGGCGAGGGCCUUUCACAGCCUCUGCUCUGGGCCUGCCCACUGUUACCACCAGUGCUGAUGUGACCAACCCCUCCAGUAACCUCUCCACUGUGGCUGUGCUACCCGUGGGUGAUGAUGUGCCUGUCAAUGCGUUCAACCUGGAGCUCAGCCAUGCCCUCAGUGCCAUCGGUCCGACUUUAUUGUUAACAAGUGACAUAAUCAGGGAGCGACUGGGUGCCUCUGCACUGGACAGUAUCCAUGAGUACCGUCUGUCUGGCUGGCUGGCCCAGCAAGAGGACAUAAACCGGAUCGUCCUGUACCAGACUGACAACAGCAUGACCCCCUGGACACAGCGCUGUAUCCGACAGGCUGACUGUAUCCUCAUUGUUGGGGUGGGGGACCAGGAGCCCACACUUGGAGAGCUGGAGCAGAUGUUGGAGAACACAGCAGUGCGUGCUCUGAAAAAGCUGGUGGUCUUCAGAGAGGACGGCCCUGAUCCAGCGCGGACAGUGGAGUGGCUCAACAUGAGGAGCUGGUGCUCAGGUCACCUUCAUCUCAAGUGCCCACGCCGAGUCUUCUCUCGACGCAGCCCCAGCAAACUGAGGGAGGUGUAUGAGAAGGUUUUUGAAAAAACAGCAGACAGACACAGUGACUUUUCUCGGCUGGCCCGAGUCCUGACGGGGAAUAGCAUUGCCCUGGUGUUGGGAGGAGGUGGAGCCAGAGGCUGUUCUCAUGUUGGAGUGAUUAAAGCCAUGGAGGAAGCAGGAAUUCCCAUUGACAUAGUAGGAGGGACCUCUAUAGGAUCAUUCAUUGGUGCUCUGUAUGCUGAGGAGAGGAGCGCUGUUCGUACCAAGCAAAGAGCCCGCGAGUGGUCCAAGGCAAUGAAUUCUGUCUUUAAGACAGUCCUUGAUUUAACCUAUCCCAUCACUUCAAUGUUCUCUGGCUCUGCUUUCAACACCAGUAUAUAUAAAGUUUUUCAAGACAAACAAAUAGAGGACUUGUGGUUGCCAUAUUUUAAUGUCACGACUGACAUCACAGCCUCAGCCAUGCGAGUCCAUCAGGAUGGCUCUCUGUGGCGCUAUGUGCGUGCCAGCAUGACCCUUUCGGGGUACCUGCCACCCCUCUGUGACCCCAAAGAUGGAAACUUACUAAUGGACGGUGGCUACAUCAACAACCUGCCAGCGGACAUUGCGAGGAAUAUGGGCGCCAAAACCGUCAUUGCCAUUGAUGUGGGCAGCCAGGAUGAGACUGACUUGUGUAACUAUGGCGACUGCCUGUCUGGAUGGUGGUUGCUCUGGAAACGCAUCAACCCUUGGGCCGAGAAAGUUAAGGUGCCGGACAUGGCAGAGAUCCAGUCCCGGUUGGCUUAUGUGUCAUGUGUGCGUCAGUUAGAGGUGGUGAAGAAGAGUGCUUACUGCGAGUACAUAAGACCCCCCAUCGACCGGUUCAAGACCAUGGACUUUGGAAAGUUUGAUGAGAUCUAUGAGGUGGGUUAUCAGCAUGGAAAACUACUGUUCACCGGUUGGGCUCGUGGAGACAUCAUUCAAAAUAUGCUGAAGGACCAUCGCUCAGCUGACUAUAAUGACGGAAAGAAAACAGAUUCAUGCACAUGUCCAGACGCAGACUUCACUGACCUGGCAGAAAUCGUGUCCAGAAUCGACCCAGUUCAGACCUUUGUGGCUGCAGAAGCAGAGGAGUCGGACUGUCUGACGGAAUACGAGGAGGACGGGAUGGACACCGUGAGAGAGGAGGAGGGGGAGGAGGAAGAAACAGAUGACCACUCACCUGGAGACUGGGGUCCAAAUGGUGUCUUUCAAACGGAUGAAGAGAAAUCUGUCCGUCAACGCCGUAAACUCGCCAGUGACUCCAACCUGUCGGAGGUUUCAGACUGCUGAUGGAGAGGAGAAAAGUGGCGAGGCCUUCUGAAAUAACUGCAUUUCUAGUAAAGCGGAGGACAGUCUCUUUCACUCUUCGUACAGCCAAUCAUCUGCCUCUCAGUGAAAUAUAACUUGGUUUAACAUCAGGUGAGCCUUCUAAUGCAGUCCUCUUUUAUUUACCCAGUUUUGGGACCAAAUACAGAGAAUUGUGCCCCCUACUGUCUGGAUGAGGAAAAACUCAUCUGUGUUCUUGUAAAAACACCUAAAAUGACUUAACACAGCAAACUAUCUGUGGUGAGAACUGGAUUGAAGGCUGCAUGGUCUGUGUUUGACUGCCACAAUGCACUGCAUUCACACUGUCUGUAGAUCUAAUGUAUCAUCAUUACUGCUGUGAAAUACGAGUUAAUGCGACUGGACCUACUUUACCGGUGAGAGCUUUGUCUUACAUAAGGGAAAUGCAGAGUUAGGUUAACAAUGAAGGACCAUAAAUUAUUUUGUUUUUAACUUAUUUUAUUUAACGCACAAAAGAACUUGCUGCUGUGUGACUGAUUGAUUAACGACUGGGUGCUAUUUUUUGUUUUUGUUGUUUUAAUUAAUGCCACAUUAAGACGAUGCCUUUUCAAAAUGUGUUUCAUUACAACAUGAGAUACUCAGGUUUUCUGUUCUCAGUCUGAAGAUUGGCAGAAAGCUCAUUACAAAAUGUGUAAAAUAAUUUUAAAUAUGUGUAUAUAGGAACCAUUGUUAUUACUGUUGAUUUUCAGUCUUGAAUUGUGCAGAAACUCUGAGUAAUCUGUCAUUGAAUUUACAGUAUAAUAGAACAUGUAUUCCCACAUGACUGAGUGGAUGCUUUACUGAAUAUCGAGGGAAUGGGAUCCAAUGACCUUGUGGACAAUUGCCAGAUAUGCUUUUUAAUAUUAUUUAUACAACUCCUGGCUUUUAAGUUUGUUUUAGGGUAUUCUUUUGAUUAACUUUGGCUUUAGCUGUUUUGCACUGAAAUGUUGGACAUAUUCCUUUUGGCCAUCUGUUUGAGGGUGACAAGAGAAAUAAAGAUUUUUAAAUAGAGAUUAUUGGAAAUGCAUAAUUGAAAAUAAAUGUUUAACAAAACUGCAAAA